UCGGUUCAUCGUUUUGUCCCUCUCUUGUUUCUUUCACUUGCCAUCCCCCUCCAAAGGACUACUCUUUCUCCUUGUGAUACCCCUCCCUCAAAAGGAACAAGUCGUUUGAAAUUUCCAUUAAAACCAUAUACCCUGCAAUCAUGUCUCUGUUUACCAAGGUCGAAACCCCCAGCAUCACCUACGACCAGCCCAUCGGUCUGUACAUCGAUGGCAAGUGGGUGAAGGGCACCGAGGGCAAGACCUUUGAGACCAUCAACCCCACCAACGAGAAGCCCAUCAUCGCAGUCCACGAAGCUGGCCCAGAAGAUGUUGACAUUGCCGUCAAGGCUGCCCGAAAAGCCCUCAAUGGCGUCUGGGCCCAGACCCUCCCCUCUGUCCGAGGUGCGAUGCUGACCAAGCUCGCUGACCUCUUCGACGAAUACUCCGACACCCUUGCCGCCAUCGAAUCCCUCGACAACGGCAAGGCUCUUUCCAUGGCAAAAGUUGAUGUCCAGCUCUCCUCGGGCUGCCUCAGAUACUACGGUGGAUGGGCAGAUAAGAUUCACGGAAAGACCAUUGAUACCGACCCAGAGACCUUCAACUACACCAGACACGAGCCCGUCGGUGUUUGCGGUCAAAUCAUCCCAUGGAACUUCCCACUGCUCAUGUGGGCGUGGAAGAUUGGUCCCGCCGUUGCCACCGGUAACACCGUCAUCAUCAAGACCGCCGAGCAGACUCCUCUGUCUGGUCUGUUCGCCGCCACCCUCGUCGAGAAGGCUGGAAUCCCCGGCGGUGUCGUCAACGUCAUCUCCGGUUUCGGUAAGACCGCCGGCGCAGCCAUCGCCUCUCACAUGGACAUUGACAAGGUCGCCUUCACUGGAUCGACCGUUGUCGGCCGAACCAUCCUCCAAGCUGCUGCCAAGUCCAACUUGAAGAAGGUCACCCUCGAGCUCGGUGGCAAGUCUCCCAACAUUGUCUUCAACGACGCCAACAUUGACGACGCCAUCUCGUGGGUCAACUUCGGUAUCUUCUUCAACCACGGCCAGUGCUGCUGCGCCGGUUCCCGUAUCUACGUCCAGUCCGGCAUCUACGACAAGUUCGUCGAGGCCUUCAAGCAGAGGACCGCCAAGAACGUCGUCGGCGACCCCUUCAAGCAGGACACCUUCCAGGGCCCCCAGGUCAGCAAGCUCCAGUUCGACCGCAUCAUGAGCUACAUCCAGUCCGGCAAGGAGGCCGGUGCCACGGUCGAGACCGGCGGCGAGCGCCACGGCGACGAGGGUUACUUCAUCAAGCCCACCAUCUUCUCCGGCGUCAGCCCGGACAUGAAGAUCAUGCAGGAGGAGAUCUUCGGCCCCGUGUGCACCAUCAGCAAGUUCGAGACCGAGGAGGAGGUCGUCAAGGCCGGAAACGAGACCACCUACGGUCUCGCCGCCGCCGUCCACACCACCAACCUCAAUACCGCCCUCCGCGUUGCCAACUCGCUCAAGGCCGGUACCGUCUGGGUCAACAACUACAACAUGCUCAGCUACCAGGUGCCGUUCGGUGGCUUCAAGGAGUCUGGUAUUGGCCGUGAACUCGGCAAGUACGCCCUCUCCAACUACACCCAGGUCAAGUCCGUCCGUGUCCGACUUGGUGGUGCUCUCUUUGGUUAAGUUUGUCGUCGAUGAGAAAAAUAAAAACCAAAGGAGAGGAGAAUUUCUUCAGAAUGAAAAUGACAAAAAGACAACAAAUGAAACCAAAAAAAGAAAACUGGAACACAUUGGAAACAUUUUGGACACACAACAACCAAAGAAAGCAAAAUGCGGCAGGAUAUUGGCCAGAUGACAGUAGUGUGGACAUGAGACGAGAUGAAAUGAACAUGUUUUGGCCCACCUAUCCAAUUUACAUAACAUGCAUUUGUAUAGGGCGUGCUGAAGGGUUUGAGCGAGCAGGCUUUUGCAGUCCAAAGAAGCGGUAGCUUCGUAUGUACAGAUUAACGAGAUAUGAAAAAAGAUAAAAAAAAAACCAAAACAUUC